AUGGAAAACAAUUCUAAAGAACCUAAAAGUGGAACUAUCGAAUCAUUUUUUAGUUCACAAACUACCAAAAAACAGAAAUAUGUUGUUUCUUUAAGCUUAGGCGAACAACAAGAUCCGAUUUCAUCAUAUUCGUCAACUAAUAAACAACAAGAUCAAAUUCAUUCGUCUUCAUCAGAGUCUUCUCUAUUGUUGUCUUCAUCGUCAAAUACACAAGUAUCUAAUAUUACUGAUAUCAGUCGUUCAGUUGGUGAAUUACCAGCAAAACCAAUACGUCCUUCUUAUCCAUCAAACAAAGAUAAAAGAUCGUUUCGUAGUCAAUGGUAUUCACAUUUUACUUGGCUAGAAUAUUCGGAAUUAACAGAUUCAGCCUAUUGUUAUUAUUGCAGACACUUUAGUACUGAAACAAUCUUAAAUAAUCGAUACAAAUAUAUUACAGUGAUAGAUAAAUCAAGAAAUGAAUUGGUAAAACGUAAUCAUGAAAAACUAAUUAAAAUUGUCUCGACAUUACAUUUGUGUGGUCGGCAAGUGGUUGCCAUACGAGGGCAUGAAAAAGGCGAAUCAUCAUUAAGUCAAGGAAAUUUCAUCGAAUUACUACAUUGGACUAGUAGUGCUGAUCCAGUUGCUUUAUCUAUUCUUAAAGAUAGUGAUCGAAAUACAACUUAUCUUAGUCCACAAGAAUUAGCAGAUGAUGGUACAGAACGUUCCACAUAUGCACGAGGUUUAUUAUUAGCAUUAAAUGAACCAUUAUUCAUUGUAACUAUUUUCAUUAUGGAUCGUUUACUUGAUAAAAUAAUAAUCUUAUCCGAUCAAUUAAAUACAGCUCAUAAUUUCAUUAGUGCUGUUAGUAAUCAAAUCAGUGAGCUUAGAAACGAGGAAGAAUUUUCCAAAUUAUAUGAUCAAAUCAUUGAAUUUUCUGGUGAAAAUAAUAUUGAUUUAAAUAAUAAAAUGAAAGAAAGAAGAACAAGAAAAACUUCCACUAGGUUUAAAAACUGUUUAAUUACAUGUACAAUUGAACAACGUGAAGAAAUUGAUAAUAAAAAUAAAUAUAGAAUAUUUGCUUUCUAUCCAGUAAUUGAUUCUAUUCUUGUCGAAAUCAAUGAUCGUUUUUCGAAAACAAACAUGGAUAUUCUUCGUGGUGUUUCAUCAUUAUCACCUGAUAGUUCAACAUUUUUAGAAAUAGAUGAGUUGAAAGUUUUAUGUGUAAUGUUAAAAUCGGAUAUUCAAUUAUUAAAUAAUGAAAUUCAAGUACGAAAGCCAAUGCUAAAACAGUUAAAACCAAAAAAUAUGAUCGAUUUGUAUUUUGAAAUUUUACCAUUCGGACAAGCGUUUCCACGUAUUCUUUCACUUCUUAUCGGUGCAAUGGCAAUUCCAGUAUCAUCUACCACAACAGAAAGGGCUUCUAGUAAAAUGAAGCUCAUUAAAACUGUUGCACGUAACAGUAUGUCAGACAGCAUGCUUAUUGAUUUAUUAUUACGAGCAAUUGAACGAGAGUUCUGCGUUGAUUACGAAAAGCUUAUUGAUGCUUUUGAUAUUCAACAUAACAACAGCAGAAUAAUACUGAAGUAG